UAUCUUCAAACUUGAUAGGAGAAACGUCGGUUAUUGAAUUGAAAAACGUUCUUUGAUUUCGCGUUCUGUUAUCGUUGGAUAAUUUGUCUGAUUGUCACUUUGUUUACGAAGAAAGAUUCUUUCAGCGACGACAAUGAUUCGACAACUCUCGAAAGCUGCAGUACCGCAACUGAAGAGUACAUUUUUCCGGUCCAUAUCAUCAUAUCCCAACAUAAAUAGUUUCCGAACGUAUACGCCCGAAGAUGGCUUUGUGUUGAGCUCAAUUUAUGAGCCAAUCACAUUACCAGACUUAACAGUCGACCAGUAUGUGUGGAAGAAUGUGAGCAAAUGGCAGAAUAAAGUCGCGAUAACUUGCGGAGUGACCGGCAGGAAAUAUACUUACUCGAAGCUACGAGACCAUUGUGCAGCUCUAGCUGUUCGUUUGCAGACAAAGUUCAAUCUGAAACAGGGCGAUGUUGUCGGCAUCUGCCUACCAAAUGUUCCAGAGUAUGCAAUUUGUUUACUUGGUGCAUCCGAAGCUGGUAUCACCACCACAACAAUAAAUCCAAUUUACACUGCCGCCGAAAUAUCACGACAACUGGUGUCUAGUAGACCAAAAAUAAUCUUCACAUUAUCCGAGACUUAUAGUACAGUUGAGGCAGCUAAGGAAAUGGCCAAGCUACGUUGCAGUAUUGUAACAGUGAAAACGAAACUAGGUGAAAGCAUACCGAAUGGAGCGAUAGAUUUCACCGAACUUAUGAGUACCAAAGACGUCGACUUUAACUCACUCGAUAAACAGAUAGUCGACAUUGACGAUACUUUUGUAUUGCCAUUUUCUAGUGGCACAACCGGCCUCCCGAAAGGCGUCAUGCUCAGUCACUUAAAUAUAACUAGCAACUGUGAGCAGCUGGACGCAAAACUGCCCGAUAAAAGAUUAAUGCUGCCGACGACCAAUGACUUCCAAGAUGUGUUACCCAGCGUUCUACCAUUCUUUCACAUUUAUGGUCUGGUGGUGUCUCUCAUAUCCAAACUGGCACUCGGAUGUAAAAUUGUGGCUCUUCCGAAAUUCGAGCCAGAAGGGUUUCUAACGACUCUGGCCGAACACAAAGCAACUUAUUUGAACUUGGUUCCACCAAUCGUUCUAUUCCUGGCAAAUAGCGACAAGACUGCGAAACGUCACUUGGAACAUGUUCGUACAAUAAUGAGUGGAGCUGCUCCUCUCGGUGCAUCAGACGUUGAACGAUUCCACAAAAAAGCCCCUCACACAGAGUUUAUGCAAGGCUACGGGAUGACGGAAUCUUCCCCGCUGACUCUUAUAGCACCAAAAGGUAUUACAAACCGUGCAACAGUUGGAUUUGUUGCGUCAUCAACAGAGGCGAAGAUCAUCAAAGUAGACGACCCGAAUUUCGUUGGUUGCGAUAUCGACGAAACUGGUGAACUGAUGAUUAGAGGAUGUCAGGUGAUGAAAGGCUAUUUGAACAAUCCGGAAGCUACCAGCGAGACAAUUGUUAAAGGAAAUUGGCUUCGAACGGGUGAUUUGGCUGCGUACGAUUCGAAUGGCCUGUUUUACAUUAAAGACCGUUUAAAAGAACUGAUCAAAGUAAAGGGUUUCCAAGUAGCUCCAGCCGAAUUGGAGGAGGUGCUACGCGAGCAUCCAAAUAUUGACGAAGCUGCCGUUAUUGGCAUUCCACACGAUAUGUAUGGCGAGGUACCUAAAGCAUUUAUUGUGCCAAAGAAACAGACAAAUGUUACCGAAAAAGAAUUGCACGCCUUUGUAAACGAACGAUUAUCCGAGUACAAGCAACUGAAGGGUGGUAUCCAGUUUGUGGAUAGUGUACCGAAAAAUGCAUCGGGAAAGCUUCUGCGACGCCAAUUGAAAGCGUUGUAUUUGUAAUUGUUGACUUUUUAAUUGGCGUGAACUGGUCAGCAUCAAUUUGUUAUUGCUGCUCAUUGUGAGAAUAUGCAGGACAUUCGUAUGUCGUGCGAGAAUAUUUUUUUAAUAAAGAAAAUUUUCUUCAAAAUC